AUGGGGCUUGGAAAGUUCCUGGGCCCCGACGCGGACACCGCCGCCGCCGCCGAGCAGAUAGAGACGCGGCCGCCUUCGAGGAGAGGCCGCGCGGCGGCCCGUCUGCAGGGCCUCCGAUGUCAGUCCGCCCCACUGCGGGCAGGACUCGCUUCCCGGGGGCCUGGCUGCGUCCUGCGCUGGCUGCUGACCAUCGAGAACAUCAAGGUGGGCCUGCAUGAGAAGGAGCUUUGGAAGAAGUUCCACGAGGCGGGCACGGAGAUGAUCAUCACCAAGGCGGGCAGGAGGAUGUUCCCCAGCUACAAGGUAAAGGUCACGGGCAUGAACCCCAAGACCAAGUAUAUCCUGCUGAUUGACAUCGUCCCUGCAGAUGACCACCGCUACAAGUUCUGUGACAACAAAUGGAUGGUGGCAGGGAAGGCUGAGCCCGCCAUGCCAGGAAGGCUCUAUGUCCACCCGGAUUCUCCGGCUACUGGGGCCCACUGGAUGCGACAGCUGGUCUCCUUCCAGAAGCUGAAGCUGACAAACAACCACUUGGACCCCUUUGGCCAUAUCAUCCUCAACUCCAUGCACAAGUACCAGCCGCGGCUACACAUCGUGAAGGCUGAUGAGAACAACGCGUUUGGCUCCAAAAACACAGCUUUCUGCACCCACGUGUUUCCAGAGACGUCCUUCAUCUCCGUGACCUCCUACCAGAAUCACAAGAUCACACAGCUGAAAAUUGAGAACAACCCUUUUGCCAAGGGAUUCCGGGGUAGUGACGACAGUGACCUGCGUGUGGCCCGGCUGCAGAGCAAAGAAUACCCCGUGAUCUCCAAAAGCAUCAUGAGGCAGAGGCUCGUCUCCACCCAGCUGGCGGCCAAGCCCGACGUCAGCCCCCUGCAUGGCCCCCACCAGGCGCUGCAGCACUACCAGUACGAGAACGGGGCUCACAUGCAGUUUGCUGGGGCCGAGCCACAGGACCUUCCCCUCAACACCUUCCCGGCCCAGAGGGAUUCGAGCCUCUUCUAUCACUGCUUGAAAAGACGAGCAGACAAUGCCCGCCACCUGGACCUACCCUGCAAGCGCUCCUACCUGGAAGCCCCCUCUGCGGUGGGGGAGGAUCAUUACUUCCGUUCGCCCCCUCCCUACGACCAACAGAUGCUGAGCCCCUCCUAUUGCAGCGAGGUGACCCCAAGAGAAGCCUGUAUGUACUCGGGUUCAGGGCCUGAGAUUGCCGGGGUGUCUGGGGUGGACGACUUGCCCCCACCCCCCCUGAGCUGUAACAUGUGGACGUCAGUCUCUCCGUACACGAGCUACAGCGUUCAGACAAUGGAGACUGUGCCUUACCAGUCCUUCCCCACGCACUUCACCACCACCACUAUGAUGCCUCGGCUGCCCACUAUCUCCGCUCAGGGCACCCAGCCACCAGGAAACACCCACUUCAGUGUCUACAAUCAGCUCUCCCAGGCUCAGGGCCGAGAGCGGGGGCCCACCGCCGCCUUCCCGAGGGAGCGAGGCCUCCCCGCGGUGUGUGAGAGGAAGCCACCCUCUCCACACCUGAACGCUGCCAACGAGUUUCUCUACUCUCAGAGCUUCUCCCUAUCCCGGGAAGCUUCCGUACAGUACCACCCAGGAAUGGGGACUGUGGAGAACUGGACUGACGGAUGACUCCCAGGUCCCUCGACAGCCCCAGGACCAUGUUGACCCAGCACUGACCUCUGUG